UUAUUCUCUUGCAGGCGAAUUAAAGCAAUUAUAGCGAAGAUGAAUCAGGAAAGUUCAUUGCUUCUAUCCCCAGAAAUUAUUCGAUGGAGUUACGAUGUUUUCUUAAGUUUUAGAGGUGAAGAUGUACGCAAAACAUUUGUUGACCAUCUGUACCUUGCUCUGCAACAAAAGUGCAUUAAUACCUUCAAAGAUGACGAGAAACUAGAGAAAGGAAAGUUCAUUACACCAGAACUCAUGAGUUCAAUUGAAGAGUCACGGAUAGCUUUGAUCAUAUUCUCUAAAAACUAUGCUAAUUCAACAUGGUGUUUAGAUGAAUUGACAAAGAUCAUGGAGUGCAAGAAUGUGAAAGGACAAAUUGUUCUUCCGGUGUUCUAUGAUGUAGAUCCAUCAACAGUGAGGAAACAAAAAUUCAUAUUUGGAAAAGCAUUUAGCAAACAUGAAGCCUGGUUCCAGGAGGACAAGGUGCAAAAAUGGAGGGCAGCACUGGAGAAAGCAGCUAUUAUUUCUGGCUGGGUUUUGGCAAAUACUGCCAAUGGACAUGAAGCUAGAGUCAUAGAGAAAAUUGUGGAACAAAUAUUGUCUAUAUUGGGUAGUCAGAGACAUGCAAGCAAUGCUAGAAAUCUUGUUGGAAUGGAAUCACACAUGCACAAGGUAUAUAAAAUGCUUGGAAUCGGGUCUGGUGGAGUUCGCUUCCUUGGAAUACUGGGAAUGAGUGGAGUGGGGAAGACAACUCUUGCAAGAGUUAUUUAUGAUAACAUUCGGAGUCAAUUUCAAGGUGCAUGUUUUCUUCACGAAGUCCGAGACCGUUCAGCAAAACAGGGACUAGAGAGCGUGCAAGAGAUACUUCUUUCUGAGAUCCUUGUUGUAAAAAAACUAAGGAUCAACGAUUCGUUUGAAGGAGCUAAUAUGCAAAAACAAAGACUACGGUACAAAAAGGUUCUUCUUGUUCUGGAUGAUGUUGAUCACAUAGAACAGUUAGAUGCAUUUGCCGGGGAGCGUGAAUGGUUUGGUGACGGAAGUAGAAUCAUCAUAACAACCAAAGACAAACACUUACUUGUUAAGUAUGAGACUGAAAAGAUAUACAGAAUGGGAACUUUAGACAAAUAUGAAAGCUUACAACUUUUUAAACAACAUGCUUUCAAGAAAAACCACCCUACCAAAGAAUUUGAGGAUCUAUCAGCUCAAGUGAUAGAGCAUACUGGUGGACUCGCACUAUACAUGAAUGUCACAUUUAGUAUGUAUGUCCCUGGUGUGGAGAUUCCCGAGUGGUUUACAUACAAGAACUGGGGGACUGAAUCAUCCUCAGUGGCCCUCCCCAAAAAUUGGUUCACACCCACAUUCAGGGGGUUUACUGUUUGUGUUGUUUUUGACAUUAUUACUCCUUUCAUUUUAUGGAAAUUAACGUUGAAUGGUCCCUUCACUCUUCAUACUGACAAAUGCCUUAAAACUUUGCAAGGACUUGUGAUAUGGUUAAGGUUCACAAGCCAUGAUGGUUUGCGGCACAAAUUUAGGACAUGUAUCGGUCCAAUGGGAAGUGAAAAACCUGUUGGUUUAGGUAAUACUUUCCUAGCCCAUGUACCACUUUAUUGUCUGUUCGAGGAUGAUCUCAGUUACAAUCUUAAUAACCUCAUUCAGCUUGAGGGUGGUGUCUGUGAUCAUUAUCAUAAGGAUGUGGUGGUCAAAGGUUUGGGAGUGCAUCUUGUGUAUGAGAAUUGA